UCCUUGUAUAUAUUGACAAGUUCACAGUAAUAACAAUCAAGCAAUUACGUUAUAAUACUUCCUUCUUCUAAUAAAUACCAUGAGAAUAUGAAAUGGUGAUGAUAAAACUCCAGGGACCAAUGAAGGAGAUCAAAAAGGCGGCGACGAAGAGCGCUCAGAAUCGGCAGGGUGGCGACAGAGAAGGCGAGCGGCAGGCGAGCUACAACAUCAGAGACUAAGAGAGGGAGGUUGUUGUUUGGAGUCGUUGAUUUUAGAAUUGUGAAAGAGAAUGGGAGAGCAUAGACUUUUGAGGUAUCGUCGUGUCUAUAGGUCUUGAUGUGUCGCCUGGGUAGGUCAUGAGUAGAAGUAAGCGACCGACGAUAGAAAGCAGACGACGGGAAAAUAGGUUACAAGCAUGGGCCAAGAUCCAAGCCAUAAGCGCCGCCUAGAGAGUUGAUCGAGUCAAAACAACACAAGAGACUAAGUAAACUACUAUGCAUGAGCAGAAGACGUGGAGGAGUUGGCUGGCCAACUGACUCCUACUUCUUCGGGAUAUUCCCAACUAAUGUAGUCGUUGCCCUAGCAGUAUAAAAAGACCUAGUCGGCUCAACAUCAAGGACAAGUUCGGAAGCAAUCAAGCACUCUUAUUCUCGAUAGCAUUCUAGCAAUUAUUUACUAUCAUUGUAUCUCUUUAUUGCAAACACUUAUUCAUUUUUACUUGGAUUAUCUUAGGGAUUAUAGUGGAUUGGUGGACUCAUUUCCACCCACGGGUUUUCUCUUUAUUUCUGGGUUUUCCGCGUCACCAUCUCCUUGUGUCGUCUCUCUUUUCUUUCUUUCUUUACUUCUUUGCUUAGUUAGUGUCAACUCAAGCCAAGUGUCGCCCCUUAGAUGAAAUUUGACAUCAACAGUUUGGCGCCGUCUGUGGGGAAAUUAUCUAGGUUUACCUCAAAAAAACAACUCUCUCAAAAAAUGACUUCCAUAGAUAUGACACUCGAGGAGAUGCGGGUCGCCUAUGUCCAGGCCCAAGCCGAGUUGGCUCGCCAAAAGGUAGAAAACGAGCGACUAACGUCAGAAAAUGUUUCCUCAAAGGCUUCUGUCGAGAACCUCCAGAAGGAGAUGGAGUCUUCGGAAAGCUCAAAGUACCAAUCUCGAUCCAAGUCUCCCAGGAAAACUCACUAGAUCUUCCAUGAAUUCACCGAUGACGAAGGAAAGGACGUCGCCUCUGAGGAAGAGCCACCCUCACCCAAAAACAAUGAUCAUGAUGAACCAGGCCACGACCCCCUGGCUCGUCGCCUGAAGUUCUUGGAGAAGCAAAGUUCGUUGAUGUUGAAGUUGAUGUCCAAACUUCCAGGGGCUCCAACGCAGGUGGAGACUGAACCAUCCAAUGGGUACGUUGCAUCGCCCUUCUGCGAGGAGAUUGCCAAAGUAACCGUCCCACCCCAACUAAGUAUUCCCGUCUGGACCACCCUAUACGACGAAACGACAGACCCUUAUCACCAUGUCAAUGUCUACAAGCAGCAGAUGUGGCAGAUCGGUAUCCCGUGGGACCUGGUAGAACCUGUUAUGUUUAAAUCGUUUGGAGCAACCCUUACUGGAACAACGCUAGAAUGGCUUAUCAACAUCACACCCGGCUCCGUCGCCUGUCUUGCUGACCUGAUCAAUGCCUUUUACCAACAGUUCGCCAGCAGUCAUCAGCUAGAAAAGCAAACUAGUGACCUUUAUCGGUUGGUCCAAGCUCCCACCGAGUUGGUACGUAAUUAUUUCAGUCAAUUUAAUUGUGAAAAAAUCAGUAUAAAAAAUUGUGAUAUCAAGAUAGCUAUCGAAGCCUUGAAGAGAGGUCUCAUCCCUAACUCGGAAUUAUACUGUGAGAUCACCAAAUAUCCCUGUGCGACUUUCGAAGAGGUCAGGUUCAAGGCUUGCGCCCAAAUGCAUCUAGAGGACGAUGAAGCAAUCCGGGCGUCAACGCCACAACCAGCAGGGGCACCAGCGACAGGCGGUCGUACACACCAAGGAACAACAAUUGGCGACAUCAACCAUAUAAUAGCCAAAACCAGGUACAAAAUGUCAAUCACUAUGAUGAUACUAACAGUGGUUACAAGAAUGAGUGGCCCGACUACCCGGAUAUAUCAGAGCACGGUUUCAACGUCAAUAGUGGAGGCGUCGUCAACGCCCUUCAAAACAUUGGCGGGAACAUCAGGUGGCCAAGAAGGAGUGACAAGCCAUAAUCCAUGAAAGACGACAUGAGCAAGUGGUGUGAAUUCCACCGCGACAACGACCACAAAACUGAAGAUUGCAUCUCCCUCAAAAAGGAGGUCGCAUACUUGUUGAAGCGUGGACACUGAAAGGAACUAUUAAGCGACAAAGGGAAGGAGACCUACAACAAAGAAAAGACCAACCAGGCCAGCCCAACGCCUAGUAGCGACCGACAUGUCCCACCUCAAUACAAUAAAGUGGUAAAUGUUAUUUCUAGUGGUUCAGAUAUUUGUGGACUAACCUCUUCUGCAACUAAGAAAAUUAACAGAGGAGAAUCUGGAGACGUCAAAGACUGAGGAUGAGAUCGCGCUCGACAAGUCCCUUGCGGCUAUGUCAAUUACCUUUCAUGACUCACAUUCAGUCGACGUGCACCAUGAACAUCACGGCGGAUUGGUGAUAUCGCUCCCCACCGGGAACACUCUAAUCAAAAGGAUAUUAAUCGACAAUGGAAGUUCCGCAAAUGUGUUGUUUCUCGAAGCUCUGCAAGAGAUGGGGAUCGUUGAGAAAAACAUAAUCAGGAGAUCUGUUCUGGUUGGAUUCAGUUGAGAUUCUCUGCGCACGGUGGGCGAGAUAUCCCUACCCACCUACGUAGAAGGUGUCAACAUGAUAACCAAUUCAACGUCGUCGACUGCACGUCAGCAUACAACGUCAUUUUGGGGAGACCAUGGAUCCAGAAGAUGAAAGCAGUUCUAUCCACCUAUAAUUAGUCAAUCAAUUUCCCUACCAAGUGGGGAAUCAUGGAAAUCAAAGGACAACAAUGCAAAGCCAAACGCUACUACGAGACUGCACUAAAGCCAUCAAAGUCAUCUAUCUAGCAAUUACAACAAGGGUCAACAGCAGGCGAGCCAGACGACCAACAUAUCGACGAGAUCGUGUUAGACCAAGCUAAGCCAGACCAGGUCGUAAGGAUUGGAGCUUCGCUCCAUGACAACAUCAAAAGUCAGAUAGUGACAUUCCUAAGAGAAAACUUGGACUUCUUCGCUUGGUAGCACGAAGGUAUGACAAGAAUCAGCCCAUAUGUCAUCACCCAUAAGCUCCGUCGACCCCAACUUCAAGCCAGUCAAGCAGAAAAGACAAAAGUUUGCACCUGGAAGAAACAAGAUCAUAGAUGAAGAGGUCCAGAAGCUGAUUGAGAUGGGGAAGAUUCAAGAAGUCAGGUACCCGGAUUGGUAAGCAAAUGUGGUCAUCAUCAGCAAAAAGAAUGGAAAAUGGAGGGUUUGCAUAGACUUCACCGACAUCAACAAAGCGUGCCCUAAGGAUCCUUUUCCUUUUGUCGCAUAUGGACGCCAUGGUGGCCGCCAUAGCCGGUCAUGAGUUGCUGGCAUUUAUGGAUGCUUAUUCUGGAUAUAUCAGAUCCUCAUGCACCCCGAGGAUCAAGAAAACACAGCUUUUGUAACAGAUAGAGGAAUAUAUUGUUAUAAAGUCAUGCCUUUUGGUCUUAAGAAUGCAGGUGCAACGUACCAGCGACUGGUCAACAAGAUGUUCAAAGAUCAGCAUGGAGACACGAUGGAGGUGUACAUCGACGACAUGUUGGUGAAACCAAAGAAAGCUGGUGACCAUACAAAACACCUACGAUAAUCCUUUAUUUUAUUUUGUGCAGUACUGUUUAAUAUUAUUUUAA